AAACAUAUCAUACAUUCAGUGACCAAAUGCCGACUCUUCCGCCGCUUUUGGAUCUAUAUAUUGAUGUCUAUAAUAAUACUAAUCAUUCAAUUAAUAUUAAGCAUCACUUUCUACUCGUCUAACAAUUCAAGCAUUGAAUCCCAAAUACAAACUAAAUUCAUCUUAUUUGCCAAACAUAAACAAUUUAGUGAAAGAGUGGACCAAUCAGUCAGCGAUUAUGAUAACAAUAUCUCAUUUAGCAAUUCAAUUGACUCCAAGUCAAGAGAUUUUACGCCAAACGACUACUUAAAGUUUCCUCAAGACCUGAAUGGGUUUAAGUCACAAACGUCUUGCAAUAUAAGCGCCAAAAGCGGUAAAUACGGCAUUUCGGCGGUCGAGAGAGCGGUCACCAAACUAUGCAAACAACAAUUGGCUGAAAUCACAUGCCUUACACUUACCGCUCAACUCUACCCGCAAUCACUUCCCCGCUAUUGUCCGCUCAAAGACGGCAAUUUUGGUGAUUAUGUGGGCUGUUAUUGGGAUAAGGAUAGGCCCCGACUAUUAACGGGAUAUCGGACCAAAUUCACAGACAAUAGUCCCGUUAAAUGUCUGAAUGUAUGCCUUCAGUCGGGCUUUAGUUACGCCGGUUUAGAGUUCAGUAAUGAAUGCUUUUGCGGUCACGAACUGUCGGCCGGACGGCACCAACUGUUGGCCAAUCACUGCAAUAUGUCGUGUUCGGGUGACCACAACCUCUCAUGCGGUGGCUAUUAUGCCAUUGAUGUCUACAAAACUGGACUUCAAUACCGACCGAAAGUGAUGCCGAGUUUGGAUAUCGAUUCAGUCAAUCAAAACGAUGUGAAAAUAUUUAUCAUUGAUUACUAUUAG